CUAUGAUUGAAAUGGAGUCCUCUUUGAACGUGGAGAGAAAAAGGGUAAUUCCUCUUGUAAUCACUUCACUGAUAUGCCUAGUCCUAUGUGCCAUCUCCUUCAAUCUUGGGGUGAUUUUAUCACUCACAUCUAUUAAUUCCAUGUACUGGAUUUCCCCUGUUGUCAAUCACACUAGCCAAUUCUAUGUUGAAUCCAAGAUUCCGAAACUCCAACCUCAAAUUCCAGCUCCUCCAGCUCCUGCAUCAUUGCCUCGCUUUGCUUAUUUCAUAUCAGGAACAAGAGGUGAUCUUGAAAAGCUAUGGAGAACCCUGCAGUCACUGUAUCAUCCCUGGAACUAUUAUGUAGUUCAUUUGGAGCUGGGAUCCACAUUGGAGGAAAGGCUGGAGCUUGCUUCUCGGAUUGACAAAGAUCCCAUUUUUAAUAAGGUGCAGAAUGUCCUAAUGAUAACCAAAGCUAAUAUGGUUACUUAUAGAGGUCCAACCAUGGUUUCCAACACGCUUCACGCUUGUGCCAUUCUUCUCAAGACAUACAAACACUGGGAUUGGUUCAUCAAUUUAAGUGCCUCUGACUAUCCAUUGGUGACUCAAGAUGAUCUUCUGCAUGUCUUUUCUGGUCUGGACAGAGAAUUGAACUUCAUCGAACAUACCAGCCGAUUGGGUUGGAAAGAGGCUGUUAGGGCCAUGCCUUUGUAUGUAGACCCUGGGCUAUACGAAGAUACUAAGUCUCAACUCUUCAGGGUGUUCCCUGAAAGACAACUGCCCACCGCAUUCAAACUUUUUACGGGUUCAGCAUGGACAAUCCUUUCGCGUCCAUUCUCCGAGUACUUGAUCUGGGGUUGGGAUAACCUUCCCAGAACCCUCCUCAUGUACUAUUCCAAUUUUGUGUCUUCUUCCGAAGGCUAUUUCCAGACUGUUAUUUGCAAUUCCCCUGAAUUUGUUUCCACCGUCGUCAACAGUGACCUGCAUUACAUCUCUUGGGAUUAUCCCGCAAACCAGCACCCCCACAUCCUCAACAUCAACGACACCGCCAAAAUGAUCGCGAGCGACGCCCCCUUUGCGCGUAAAUUCAAGCAUAACGACAUUGUGUUGGACAAGAUUGACGCGGAACUCCUUGGCCGGGAAAAUGGUUCCUUCACCCCUGGUGGCUGGUGCUCCGGCAAUCCCCCUUGCUCCGAGGUCGGAAACCCCACAAAACUCAUACCAGGACCGGGCGCUGAACGGCUUACUCGCCUUCUUGCUAGGCUGGUUUAUUCUGCAGAAUUUACAGAAAAGCAAUGCAUGAAGUAGUGUUUUCAAGUUUAAACUUCCAGAUGCAAAAUAGGGGCAGUGAGUCACAAUAAAAGUUUAUGAAUGAAAAAAGUUUUAUGAAUGACUUAAAGAGUACUUUACAAC